UGGUUUAGUGCAAUGAGCUGGCCUGCUGCUAAACAUUGAUAGGGAUGGCAAUGAUCAACUAGACAAAUUGUAUUUCUCUCUCUGGAGUUUGAGCCUGAGACCUAUAGAGACAGAGAGCAAAACCAGAGCUGGACAGACAAGCAGGGAAGGCAUGACAGACAGGCCCAUGGAUCCAGUCCGGGUUGCCGUGGUGGGGGCAGGUGUGAUGGGGCUCUCCACCGCUCUGUGCAUUUCCAAACUGGUCCCAGGAUGCUCCAUCACAGUCAUUUCAGACAAGUUCACUCCUGAGACAACGAGUGAUGUGGCAGCUGGAAUCCUUAUUCCCCACGUUUACCCAGACACACCCAUCCACAAGCAAAAGCAGUGGUUCAGAGAGACCUUUGACCACCUAUCGGCAAUUGCCAAUUCUGCAGAAGCCGGGGAGGCUGCCGUUCACCUGGUGUCUGGUUGGCAGGUAUUUCAGAGCAUUCCUACUGAAGAAGUGCCAUUCUGGGCUGACGUGGUUCUGGGGUUUCGAAAGAUGACCCAGGCUGAACUGAAGAAAUUUCCCCAACAUGUGUUUGGUCAGGCUUUUACAACACUGAAAUGCGAAGGUUCUGCCUACCUCCCAUGGUUGGAGAAAAGGGUCAAAGAAAGCGGGGGCAUGAUACUCACCCGGCGAAUAGAAGACCUGUGGGAGCUUCACCCGUCCUUCGACAUCGUGGUCAACUGUUCGGGCCUUGGAAGCAGACAGCUUGCUGGAGACUUGGAGAUUUUCCCCGUGAGGGGCCAGCUACUUAAAGUUCAGGCUCCCUGGGUGAAGCAUUUUAUCCGAGAUGGGAGUGGACUGACAUAUAUUUACCCCGGUGCAUCCAACGUAACCCUGGGUGGAAGCAGGCAAAAGGGAGACUGGAAUCUGUCCCCAGAUGCAGAAAUUAGCAGAGAUAUUCUUUCCCGAUGCUGUGCUCUGGAGCCCUCUCUCCACGGAGCCUGGGACAUAAAGGAGACGGUGGGCUUGAGGCCCUACAGAGCAGGUGUCCGGCUGCAGAAAGAGCUCCUAGCCCGGGAUGGCCGGAGGCUGCCUGUGGUCCAUCACUAUGGCCAUGGGAGCGGGGGCUUCUCCAUGCAUUGGGGGACGGCUCUGGAGGCCACCAGGCUGCUAAAGGAGUGUGUGCAAGCCCUCAGGGCCCCCGCUCCCAAGUCAAAGAUGUAAGUGACAUGAAAUGACAGCAAAUGGCCCAGGAGACUACUGACCAACAUAAUUUCUGAUACAAUGUGUACGAGUAGAUUUGGAACUAGUACUAAUCUAAUCUAGUGCUAUUCUGGUACUAGAUUUACGUCUAUUACUAAUCACCUGGAACAUAAAGCUCUAUUUCUAUUAAAAAUAAAGAUUUUGAUAAAAAAAAGAUUUCUUUUAGAUCUAGUGUCCAAGAAUCUAUGUUCAUUUACAUGGAUGCUGGAAGCUGUAGGGAUUUUGACAUCUUUGGCUCAUAAAUCCACAGGAGGAGAUAAGGCAUGGGAGCCACUGAGCUCACUGCCAGUUGCAGAGCUGCCCAUGAUGCUCCCUGGUUGUAGUCGAAUGAGAUUAAAGUCCUCGUAAAUAAAAUGACACGGGGAUCAUGCGAUACAAGUUUAUUACAGUUAAUGAAAGACAAAGCAUGACUCCUGCUAGAAGAAUUCCUGGUGGAAGACACAGUGGCAUCAACUCCAUAGCUGUCUGGGGUCAACUCCCUGAGGGCCGCACUUUGCAUUACCAUGGGCAAUUGAGAGCUGGCUUGUUGUAUGGUGGACUGUGCCCAAGCAUUUUUGAAGAUUGAAUAGAAUGUGCAGCCAAAGAGCUAAUUUGCUAAUUAAGAUGGAACAAUCCUUCUGAAUGAAAUAUAACCAGAGUUUUUUUUGCAAGUUCUGGGGAGGAGGGGUUGUGUCUCAUGAUAAAAUGAGUUUGGGAAUUAAAUAUAUCUAACUGGUUUCUUGACGCGGGCCUACUCAGAGCCUUUCAUCUGUUCAUGUGUAUUAUGAAUUCUCAGGAGGGUUUGGUUUGAGUGAAUGGCAAAGGAGAUGCUCUUCGUUGAGAUGAGGAAGCUUGGGAGAAACAGGGGUGAUUUUAAUUUGGGGGGGAAGAUGGCGUAUGUUUAGAGAUGAAUUCUAUUUUGAAUACUCUGAGGGAGAUGUGGGGUUGGCAAUGAGAAUGUGGGGAAGAGAAAGCCUCUAGCACAGUUUUAUUUUUGCUGUUUUGUUCACUGAGCUUUUGCAUCUGAUUUUGUUUGAAGAAAAAAUACUGCUGGGAGAGAGGAAGAAGAUGUAUGGGAGAGGGGUUGGGGCAGGGGCUGGGGUGGUGGAGAAAGCAUUCCAGUGUGGCUUCUUUUCUAUAGAUUUCCACCAGGGGGUGGUAUUGCAUUAAAUUCAGAUAAAUUGGCAAAUCUGAAAUUUAGAAAUGACUGGAAAUAAAAAAUGGAUACCAGGUGAUUUGAGCGAAUAUGUGAUUCUUUUGAGUAUAUAUGCCCCAAAUGCCUGUUGUUCUGAAUUCUGUGUCAAGUAUUUGAUAAAUGUACAAACUUAGCUGAAAUACAUACAGACACAUGAGCACACACUCUCAUUACAUGAAACCUAUGAGAAAUAAUGUUAUGAUAAAAUGGCAUUUUAAAGAAGGGGGAAUACAUUUUUAAUGGUUAAAA